CCCGUUCCCAAAGAGAAAAGAAAACUCUAGAGACGGCACACGCCCACGAUUCUACUCCCCCAAAUCGCAUCGCAUCGAAUUCGCCGGCGCGGCACGCACCGAACCCGAACUCUCUCCUGAUCGCCGCCAGCCACACGCCGUCGCAUCGCAUCCGAUUCCUCGCCCCGCGAUGAAGAUCACGGCGCUGCUGGUGCUCAGGUCGCCCGGCGACUCCUCCUCCUCCUCGUCGGCGACGGGGGGCGGCGGCGGGGAGCAGCAGGCGGCGGUGCUGGCGAACGCGUCGGACGUGACCCAGUUCGGCUUCUUCCAGCGGCCCGCGGCGCGCGAGUUCAUCGUCUUCGUCGCACGCACCGUCGCGCUCCGCACCCCCGCCCGCAGCCGCCAGUCCGUCCAGCACGAAGAGUACAUGGUGCAUUGCUACAACCAGAACGGCCUCUGCGCCGUCGCCUUCACCGACGACCACUACCCCCGCCUCAGCGCCUUCUCUCUCCUCAACCAGAUUCUGGAGGAGUACGUGAAGAAUUUUGGGGAGUCAUGGAGGACAGCAAACGACAACGCCACCCAGCAAUGGCAAUAUUUGAAUGACGCGUUAACAAAAUACCAGGAUCCUGCAGAGGCGGACAAAUUGCUGAAAAUUCAGAGAGACUUGGAUGAAACCAAGAUCAUUCUUCACAAAACCAUUGAUAGUGUGCUGCAAAGAGGCGAGAAAUUGGAUAAGCUAGUGGAGAAGAGUUCAGAUCUGAGCGCUGCUUCACAGAUGUUCUACAAGCAGGCCAAGAGAACCAACUCUUGCUGUACAAUCCUGUAAUAAACCGCAGCUUCCUGCCUAAGGCGACGCUGCGGCGGUAUUAAGCUCUCAGUGCAUAGUGCCAGCGUGGUGUCUUCCAUUUUCUCUUUCUCUAAUCCUUAGACGAGAGCUAUAUAUCAUAAAAACAACGGUAACACGUGUGUGAUUCUCUGUAAGUAACACUAACAUAAGUGUGUGGUCAGGUUCUGUCAUUGUGUGUGACUGGACUUGUGUUAAUUUGCUACUGUGUUGUGUUGGAGCUACGGCCUGGUGCUGAUGACAUCUGUUACUGCUAACUUACAGCUAUCUCCUAGAAAGUGGUUGCUGCACUUGCACUACUCA